AUGGAACAUUCCAAACAAAAAUGGAAUCGAAGAUGUAUGAAUGAGGUUUCCCGUCCAUCCCCUCCAAUUGCCACCCCCACCAAGUGGGAAAGUGCCAACGCACCCUGGUCCAGGAUUCACAUCGACCUCGCGGGCCCAUUGCAUGGCAAAAUGUUCCUCGUGGUCGUAGACUCUUACUCAAAGUGGAUUGAUGUGGCACAACUAUCCACGACCACUUCACAAGCAGUCAUCAAGGCAUUGACUCGCCUGUUCGUAACGCACGGUCUACCAGACUCCAUUGUUUCCGACAAUGGUCCCCAAUUCGCGUCAACCGAAUUCAGUCGUUUUACGGCCAACCUGGGCAUUCGUCACAUCUUCACGGCCCCCUUUCAUCCUGCCAGUAAUGGGCUAGCAGAGAGAGCUGUUAGGACCACUAAAGAAGCCCUGGCCAGGUUCAACAAGGAUGACUGGCACCACAAACUAUCCUGUUUCCUGUUAAGCCAGCAUUCAACCCCUUGCACAGUAACCAACAAGUCCCCGGCCGAGCUUCUGAUGGGCAGA